CUGUAUCUGCCCUGAUCAAGAUUUGCGAGCUCCCUUCCCACUCGGACUGGCUAGUGGACGAUUGUCAAUUUGGCGGAUAUUAAACACAAGUCAACUUAUCACUUGGUGCUGCCAUCAGGCAGUCUCUGUCUAAUACUCUCCGAUUGAACGUAUUUGGCAAAUUUGAGAGUGGCAGUUACCAUGGGCUCGCUCACACCUCGACGAGGUGAAGAACAUCAUAAAGUUGUUUGUCUAGAUGCCUACACCUGUCCGGUCCCCAAAUUUGACUUCACGCACGAGUACGUGGAGUAUCAGAAUACUAUUGGUGAAGAUCUGAUCAUCGAGCGUGUUCGCGACGCUACUAUCAUCAUCACAUCGCGUGUGCCCAUUUCAGCUCGCAUUAUUGCCGCUUGCUUGCGCCUGGAGCUGGUCGCCUUCAUGACUACUGGCACUGAUAUCGCUGAUAAGAAAGCAUGCCGGGCACGCGGUAUCACCGUGUGCAAUGCGCCUGGUGCCAAUGCUGAGUCCGUCGCCGAGCAUGCCUUCGCCUUAUAUAUGGCUGCCAAGCGCCAGGUUGUUGACCUGCACCGCGUUACACUCGAGGCUGAGGCUUGGCCUCGAGAGAAGAAUGUGUUCCACUUGUAUCCGCAACUUCCACGGGUUUUGAGGCAUGAAAUAUUGGGAAUUAUCGGGUAUGGAGCUAUAGGUAAAUACGCCGAGGCUAUAGGAAAGGCACUAGGGAUGUCGGUAUUGAUCGCUGAGAGAAAGUCUGCAGCGGCUGGUAGAAUAAGAUCCGGAAGGUUGCCGUUCGAGGAAGUAAUGAAAACUUGUACGGUGCUGUUACUCGCGUGCCCGCUCGACGAAGAGUCGAGUAAUAUGAUUUCAGAACCCGAACUCAGAACCAUGAGACCAGAUAGCAUUGUAGUUAACGUGGCACGAGGAGGUGUCAUGAAUGAGGCGGCGCUUCUCAAAGCAUUGAAGGAAAAAUGGAUAUACGCUGCCGCCACAGAUGUCUUUGUAAACGAGCCAGCGACUAAGGAGGACUGCCAGCUCAUUCGAGAGUGCCCUAGCAACUUGACGCUCUCACCACAUGUUGCAUGGUAUGGAGGUACGUGCUUGGAAAACCUACAACUGAGUAUCAAGGAGACGCUCGAGAGUUUUGUGGCAGGAAAGAUCAUCAACUCUGUUCUUUAAAUUUCAUCAUCGAAACGAUAAUAGUUAAUACAUAUAUAAUGCCCA